AAUAAACGUCUUGAGCUCUUCAACAUCAUCUGCUUAUUUAAAAGCCAUGACAGCUUUAUUUUGAAGGCGCCCACCGGAAACGUAAAUCCUGCCUUCUUUUAUGAUCCUUGCAUGCCCUGGACAAGGGGCUGCAUGGGUGAAACAUGGCCGCCGCAGACCCAGCGAAGUCUCCCGAACGGCUGAAAACCCCCACGGAGGAGGUGGAAACAUCUGUGGAGGAGGCCGAAGCGGCGGGGUCGGGGUGCAGCUCCGCGCCGCCGGAUGAAACACAGGCGGCGGGUCGCCCCGCCGAGGAUGGCGGGACUGAUGUUGGGAGCGCUGGUGUUGUUGCCAGCGUCGCUGAGGUUAGUGUCGAGUCCGGGGCUGGAGCAGACAAAACACCAGAGCGAACAGCGGCGGAAAAAAUGGCCGAAGCUCCCAGCGGCGCGGAGCGGGCAUUCGACUGGUCAGAAGCCGAGGAGGAGAGCGAGGAGCGGGGGAAAGCGGUCACGGAGGAGUGCGGUCAGAGUGAUGCUACUGAAUCUGCUGAAGAGGUGGAGCAGGGGGAGCAUGCUGGUAACACCACCACAGAUGGAGAAAAGCCCGUUACGGAGGAGAAUUUACACUGUGAUGCAGCAAAGGACUCUCCAGCCAAGGGUGUGGAUGUGAGAGAAAACAGGGAGGCGGCGGCAGUGGCAGAUGGAGUCGAGGAUGUCGAGCUGUCACCCAAACAGAAAAAAUUCUCUAUAGAGUGCAAGGAUUGUGGGAAGAAGUUCGACUGCCGCGAGACCUUUCAGCUCCACCGCCACUUUCACAUGCACGAGGACGAGCUCACGCCCCUCACCUGCAAGGAGUGCGGCCUCACCUUCCAGCACCGCAGCAGCCUCAUCAAGCACAGGAGCCAACACAAGGAGAAGGAGGAGCAGCAGCACCUCCUGACCUCAAAGAAGGAGUACGGGAGGUUCCAGUGCGCUGAGUGCCAGAGGAUUUUCUUCUCCACCGAUAAACUGAGGGACCACAACUGCAGCAACACCGUGGAGAAGCCGUACCACUGCCCGCUGUGCCGCCAGGAUUUCCAGUUCAAGGCGUCCGUCACAAAGCACAUGAGUAAGCACAUGAUGACGCGCUCCAACAAUAACAUCUUCAAAUGCCAAGAGUGCAACCAAAUCUUCCCUAACGUCAUGGCUCUGCGCUUCCACCAAAAAUCCCACCCGGCCCUCAAACCCUACGAAUGCCCCGAGUGCGGCAUGGUUUUCAAGCACUACUCCGUCAUGGAAGACCACCGGCGCAAGCACGCCGACAGCGGCCGCUCCCACGUGUGCACCAUCUGCGGCAAGGCUUUCAAGUACGGCAGCCUCCUGCAUCAGCACCAGUACCUGCACACCGGACAGAAGCCCUUCUGUUGCCCCGAAUGUGGCAAAAAGUUUGCCUUCGCCCAAAACAUGAAGGCGCACUGCCGUCAGCACAGACUGCGUCAAAACAACUCGUUCGGCGAGCCGCCCGGUAAGCAGACGCCCGUCACUGUUCGGGAUCCGGUUAAAGGGGCGGGGAAGGAGAACUCGCACCAGAGCGAGGAGCCGAAACGCGCAUUUAACUGCCCCCUGUGUCCUCAGACUUUCAGCGUACCGGCCACCCUGAGAGCGCACAUGCUAAUCCACGAGGCAGAGUACGACAAGCUGGACCGAUCGACCCGACCUCCGACGGAGAACAAUAAGGUUUGGGAGAAAGGACACACCUGCCCCCACUGUCCUAGUAUUUUUCGUGAGCAAUCUAGCCUAAAGUUUCAUUGUCUUAGCGUCCAUAAGUCUGUCGUUCAGCCUCCAGAGGCGUUGCCGCCGUCUCCUCAGAAGCAGCUGAGCAGCGAUGGAGUCCAAGAGAAGUGGAAAAGCGACGGCGCCAAGUCGCACAAGUGUCCCGAGUGUGGAAAGACAUUCCGCCACCGCUCCGUGCUGGAGUUGCACAUGCGCAUUCAUUCCAAGGACAAGCCUUACCAAUGCAAAGUGUGCGGCAAGGGCUUCAGGUUCAGCAGCUACCUGCAGCAGCACCUCAUCAUCCACACGGGCAAGAAGCCGUAUAAAUGUCCCGACUGCGGGAAGGACUUCGCCUUUCUGCAGAACAUGCGAACGCACCAGAGGCUGCACCAGGAGAAGCCGUUCCGCUGCACUCACUGCCGCAAAGGCUACAGCGACGAAACCCAGCUGCAGCACCACAUGCUGUCGCACAACGGAGACAAACCCCACAAGUGCGAGCUGUGCGACAAGAGCUUCGGCCUGGCGUAUCUGCUGCGCGACCACAUGAACACGCACACGGGCGAGAGGCCCCACCGCUGCGACGAGUGCCACAAAACCUUCUCCUGGUUCAGCAGCCUGCUCGUUCAUCAGAAGAUCCACUCCCGCAAGAAGCAGAGCUUCGGCCAGACGAGGGGCAGGGGGAGGAGGCCCGGGAGGCCGGCGUGGGGGUGGUCUAAACCCACGGGCGCUUCAGAGACGGGCGCCGCCGCUCAGCAGCAGGUUUUGUACCCAGUUUCUGCGCUGAGGGACGCCGAGUUGCACAGAGGGGCACCACAGCCACCGUCUUCCAUGCUCCCGUCGCGCCUGGAUUUACAGAACCAGUACCCGAAGGAGCCGUGGCUGCCUGAGCCCCAGCCUGUGCAGUGGAAGGUGGACAGUGGGGAGGUGACGCCCGUCUCAGCCCCUCAACAGUUCGACCCCCCCGCGCUGUCUGGACUUCAGCAGCAGAGGAGUCCGGGCUGGGCGGAGAUGCUAACACCGACCGGUCCCUCAUCUGCUCAGAGCGCAGACUCGCACGCAAAAGAGGGCGUCUCUCAUCUAGCAAAUAUGCCGACAAAGCCCAGCCCAGGGAUGCUGGGCGAGCUGAGGCAGCACAAGCCAGCCCCUUGGAGCGCCACCUCAGCGGUACCGCCCCCCUCCACUUCAGUGCAGCAGGAUUUUAUGAUUCCCUCCUCGUCGUACACGGAUGGAGCAGCCCUGUGGAGCAUCAGGCCUGCUCCCACAGCCAACUCGCAGAUCUCUCCAAACAAGCACGGACAAGACCCCCAGCUGCUGAGGUGGGUGGGGGGGCCGGUGGCCUCGGUGAAGGAGCCGACCACGCCCACUAUGAAAGACGACCGGGUGUGGGACUUGGGUGGUCCUCAAGUGUUAUCGGCUGUUUCUCAAGCGGACAAACCGUGGACUUCAGGCUUAGUGGGGGUCUCCACCUCAGCUCAGAUAGACCAAAGCAGCGCUCUGCCCAUCUCGACAGCUCCUCAUGGGGUUGGUAGCACGUUGUGGGAAAUCCAGUCGCCCCCAGGGGUCCCAAAGACUUUAAACUCCACAGAGAAGCUGCUAAAUAAUCAGGACUUUCAGCUGCAGCAGAAACAGGUUUCGACUGGUUGGGCCAACGUGCAGCCAGCAGCUCAGAAGGCUCCCAUUUCCAUCCCCUACGAGCCGCUCCGCUUCGGCCAGCCCAUGGGGGGCACAGUAUGGGGCUUCCAGACUAACCCCGUGGGUCCUCAGACGCUGCUGUCCGGGCAGCUGAAAGCAGGCGGCGGGCAGGAGCUGGCGCAGCAGCAGCCGAUGGUAACGGGGACUCAAAUAAUCAUAAAUCAGCCCUCCCCUUUUUUCUCCCCCCCACUGGCUCCGCUGCCUCCCCUGGCUCUGCCCGGCCCCCAUCCUCUCCACUCCGUUGCACUUCCACGACCCCCCCACCCGAAUCUGUUUUUCACGCCGCAGGCAGUCAUGAGCGAGAGGCCCCACAUGCCCCUACCUCAACUGGCCGCGCAGACCGAACCUCACAAACUCGGAGCCCGUUUGCCUUUUGGCCCCGAGCGGCUUCUCCAGUGCAUGAUAUGUGGGUGCUCCCUCCCCCGGGAGCUGGAUCUACAAAUGCAUUACCUGCAGCACGCACAAGGGGAGAUCUGACCUUUCUACACUAGUAUCAAAAUUUAGUUACCUUUUUAUAAUUGUCCUCUGUGAAACCUCGAUUAGUGGACUUUUAGUGGCGCCGCUUCACCUGUCGGUGGGCACUAGGUAUAUCAAAUCGGAUUUAGUUUGCACAUUUCGACCCCUUCCUUUUAUACCUUCAUCUCCAAAUGCAACAGUGUUGUGUGUGUGAAAUGAAGUGUGUGCACAGAGGCCGUUAAAAUGGUUCCACGAUCGUAGUCAUCCCGACCGAGGCCCCACUUUUAUUGCCAAUAACCUUUAGAAUGACAUAAUAUUAGUACUUUUAUAGUUUUGUUCAUAUGUCUUGAACCAUUUGUACUGUGUUCCUUCAUGUACAGUAUACUGUGUGCCUUUAUGAGUACAGUCUGCAUGUCUGCUGUCUUGGUAUUCUAGGCCCUAGUUUGUGCAUAAGUUCGACUCAAGCAGCCAGACUUCAACUCCCAAAAUGCAACUUUUCCAAACUACUCCAAACAGAAAUGUUUUGUUUUGGAGAGGCGAUGUCUGCUGUUGUGCUUACAGGUUACAGUUCUCAGAAAACACGAGGAUCAACUUGCAUUCAAGCAUAAUUCUGUCCAGAAGUGUCUGCUCACCGAGCAAAGCUGUGGGUCCAAGAAUAUCUGUAGAGAAGCUAUCGGGACGAUGUGGUGAAGCGUCUGUCAACAACAAGUAAAGAUUUCUGUCAAAUGAAAUCACUGAUAUGGUGCCAAUGUACAAUUGCUGAUGACACUGUUAAUGAAGUUUUGUAAUAAACUCAACUUGGACUUGG